AUGUCCUCUGACGUUACAGUUUGUAUUCCAGCCAGGGCUGACAAGACCACAGAGGACCCAGCAGUGCACCUGAUUCCCGUUGCCCUGGACAACCUCUCCCCACAGCACUUUGCCAUCUUCCUGUUUGGCUGUCAUGUUAUGAAACUGCUUUGCAACACCCAAAUCUUCCCCCCUGUCAUGCUGCUUCUGUCCAAAACGGUUCCUGUCUCAGCUUACGAGGGCCUGGUGUCACACUGCAGUGGGGACUUUUAUUUUGACACAACCAACCAGAUUCUGUAUCUCUGUGAGGCAAAGCUUGAGAGUGUGGGACAGUUUAUUGCCACUCUCCUACAGUCUAUGGCCUAUAUUGCUUCAGGUUCCAAGCCUGAAAGCUUCAUGCAAGUCCUCCAUCAUGCCAUCUCUGCUUUGAGCCUUCAGUUGUUCAACGCCUCUUUCAGAUAUGAUGCAAACAAGGCAAAGAGGGACACCUCACUGACCUCAGACCAGUCUCCUGGGAAGUUAGUAGAGGACUUUCUCAAUGUCCGUGUCCCCACUGAUAGCCAGUUCACAAGGCACCUUUUGUCAGACAGACUCCAACGAUAUAAGUAUUUCAAUCUGGAGCAAAUCAUGCGGGAUCUUACACAGUUUCCAGCAGAGGACACUGAAAAGGGACCUUCACAACAAUUUUUAAGAACACCCAUCCAAGCUCACUGUUUGGAGAAGGAGAUGGACCAUCUGAAUGAGGUUUUCCUGCAGCUCAGCGUUCAACUCCAGCAGAGAACCCAGGGCGCAACAACCGAGAAGGCCCUGAGUCGUAAUGGAACAAUGAUGUUAGAGCUGAAGAGACGGUAUGUAUCCCAGAGGCUCGACGAGCUGCAAAUCAUAUUAAAUGGGAUGAGCCGGCGCCAGCUAGACGGCCCCAGUCCAGAGGAAGAGGAGCAGACCCGAGAUCACCCACACCCAGAGCCAGACAACUAUAGAUCAGACAGUCAGGAGGAACACGAUCAUUCUCCAGACCGGGAGGACCUAGACAGCAGGGUACCAAGUAACCAUAAACUAGAAAAUAACCAGAGCCCGUACAAUCAGGAAGUAGAAAGCCAGGGAUCAUGCAGUCAGAUGACAAGCUUGGGUAAAACAGGCUUCGGAGAACUAGAUGUAUUGGAAUAAGCCAGUUAGAAGCAUGUGAAAAUGGGAUACUACUGAAGUGUGUGGUUUUGGUGUGAUUUGUCUCAUGAUUUUGUAGAUUACGUGUACAGUUUAGUGUAUGGUGUGAAUAAUAGAUGUAUAAUAGGUUCAUCACAUGUGAUUUAAUCAAACGGAUCAUUUUCGUUGGAGUGAUAUUUAUUAAAGAUAUGAAUUAUG